AUAGAAGCAUCAUUUGAAUUUUAGUUGUCAGCAAGUGCACUCGGCUAUAAAAUGAAAGUUUUCAUCCCAUUAUUUUUCACAUUGGUUAUUGCUUUUGGUUGUACAUCCGCCGAACUAAAAUGUGAGCCCAUUAAUCCUUGCGCUGCUAUCAUUGCUCGGACUGCUCCUAUUUACAAUGAUGCGAUUGAAAAGAUGAACGAGCUGAAGACUGAAUGCCUUGGAUCCAUAAAUGAUGCAACAUUCAACAACCGUGAUGAAUAUGAUACAUUCUAUAAUAAUUUUAAUAGUGAUGGUGGAUGUUCAAAAAGGCUGGUAUCAGAAUUAAAUACUGCUAUUGAAGCACUUGCCAAUACUUUCGGGUUGACAUUUGACGAAUAUUUUCCAAGCAUAUUUUUUUCACAAGAAAGAACAGGCGAUGUGGCUUGUGUUGCUGGAGCUGAUAACAAUUUACAUUUCUCCGUAUUUACCCCUAUUGUUUCGGUAUGGGAAAACGCCCUUUCAGCAAGGAGACCUUAAUGAAUAUAUUUUACCAUUUUCAUCAAGGUGGAAUUGACUUAUUUUUGAAUAAAAUUAUAUUGUCAUCCCUUGAGAUGAAAUAAUAAAUCAGAAACUUAUUGCAUCUUCAAAAA